CCGGGGGGCAAUAGACAAAAUGCUAUUACCCCCCGGAUUCUGGGAGGCAAUAGAUUUUUCCCUAUUUUUUUCGGUAAAACGGAUUGCCAUAUUUGCUCCUGAAAUGUAAAUUGUUUACCGUUAAAAAUGACAGAGGCAGACAUUGGCACACAGUUUGACAAAUUCGUUUUUGUGGUGAAUAUUGCAAACGAAGAGCACUUUGAAGCCAUUUUACAAGCUGAAGAUGUGAGCAAGUACUAUCCUUGCCAAGAAUGCAAACAGCAAACAGUCUGUUGCAGGAAGUUGGAAAAUGUGGUGGGGUCCAAGGAAGACGCCAAGCAAGACAUGGCCGUUAAACUAAUGCAUUUUUUGGUCACUAUUGGUAUAAUUGAGUGCAUUACCACAUCAUCGCUUAGACAUUCAGCCACCAAAAUCGUUCCAUCUGUUCCAAUAUUGGAACAGGAAAAUGCAUGAAUGGGCCACCUCGUGAUAUCACCUAGUCAAUUACAACCCUUAGAAGAAGUGGAGGGAUGAAAAAAAGUAGCUUCAGCUGCGCAUGAAACUUAAAGAGGUACGUAACACAAUGGAUUUUGUCCACUUUAGUUAUCAGCCGGUUUGAGUCAGCUAACAUCUUAUCUUGUUGUAAAAUAUUUUCAAACCUGUUAACUACAGAAAUUUCAUGGAAAAGCACAGUAGAUGAUGAAGGACAUAGAGGAUGCACUUGAAAAGAAAAUUUGGUUUUUUUCGGAUUGAACAUCUUAAUCAUGGAAUCAGAGAAAAAGUAUUUUGUGUUCAUGAUUUUUCAUUUUACUUCUGUUGGCUUAUGGUUUGAAAAACAAACACCGUAAAUCACACUGGUAGUUUCGAACCAUCGGCCCAAAAAGGAACAAUCAUCUCAUUUCACGUCUGACAACGAAUGUCCCAAAUCUACGCUGCACAUAAUCAGCAUGUUAUCCAAAUCAAGUUACGCCGCUAUGUGAUCGGCAUUUUGAAAUUGCUGCUGUUACCCUUAUCAUGAACGAUUUUGUGCUGGGUAAUGAUAAAGAUCCCAAUCAUUCAUCUAUCGUUCGUUGUUUAACAAGGUUUCAAAAAGCUGCAGCUAGCGAACUUGGUUGAACUGUCACAAGCCCAACUCUUUGUGAUAUGAUCGGUUUGCCGAUCUAUCGUCGUCAUCGGUGCAUCUCGAACAAGGUUGCAGUUCUCUUUGCUAGUCAUUGCAACAGUAUUUUAAUGUUGGAUCGCCUUCAAAAAAGGACAAAAAUCCAGUCGGCGUCCAUCGAGAUAACGUUAUCUUUUAUUCGUAUUAUCUGUCUAGAUAGGGUCUUUUGCUUCGAUAAAAGUGGGUUUCCAAGUCCAUCAUUUUGAUUAGAAAACGGUCCGAUACUUCGCGGAAAUGGCAUCGGGAAAAAAUGAAAAUGAUGGGCCAGGCUCUGUUAACAAUGACGACGUCACCUCAUCAAACAGCACAUAAGCAUCAGUGGCGAAAAUGGGAAACCCAACUAAAAAGGCACUUGAUGCAACUCACGGUUUGAAGUUUGAACAGAAAUUGUUGAUGUUGUUUUGCGUACGAGCACUCGGAGCUGGUUAUAAAUUUGAAUUGUCGAGAGAAAGGGAAGACGUGGGCGGUAAAUUUAACGACGUGGUUUUCAGAUAUCAAGUCCCAGACAAAACACCUGAAGAUAAAGCUUGGCGCUAUCGCUACUUGCAAGCCAAACACAAGCUGGAUGAGUCAUACAAGAUAAAGUCGACUCAACUCCUUGAAGACAAUGACAACGAUUUCAGCAUACCAAAAUAUUUCCGUUCGUUUUGCAUUAUGACAACGAGAAAUGAAAUCAUUCACGACUGUAUCCUUUGCACCAACAGCGAUUUUCAUUUGAAGGAUGCCCAGGAAUAUGACGUGUGGAUUAACAACAAGAACAAAAAAGUCGUCAAACUGAAGAAUGGGAUCGAACUACUGAAGGUGAACGACGAACCUGAAGACAUUUUAGAAUUUGGUCCGCAACAAAAUACAUGUCGUUAUAAAUUGAAUUUCACACAAGAAUUACGAGAUAAAGCGUUAAACGAUUGGCAAAACAUUCAACUUCUUGCCAAACAGUUGCAAGUCUUCGCGCAAAAUGGAAAGAAAAUUGAAACGAGAAUCGAUGUCUUUAAAAACUAUCACGUUGCGUUAAUCAACGAACGCGUCAUUGAUUUGAAAACGAAAAAGUUCCAUGAGGACUUUGUAAACGAAGCUGUAAGUCUGUCCAAUGGAGCUAAAGAACUACGUCAAAUCCUCUGCGAACUGGUGGGAAAUGACGAUUGGAAAACCUGGAAAUUCCAAUUGAAUAACACAUUCGGAAGAAGCCAACCGGCUGCUGAAACGGAAAAUCGUCUACCGUUAAAAAUCGGGGAGGCAGACAUUAAAGCGUUUUUUGACAAAUUCCUGUUCGUGGUAAACAUGCCAAACGAAGAGCAUUUUGAAGACAUUUUACAAACUAAUGACGUGAGCAAGUACUACACUCGCAAAGAAUGCAAAGAGCAAACGCUAGUUUUGCUAAAUGUUAUUCCAGAUUCUUUAAAGAAGGCAAUGAAAAUGGGCCGUUGGCUAACAUCAGAAGAAGCCAAGGAGAUCUUAUUAGAAGGCGUUAAAAAAAUUUCAAUAGAGUACCAGACACAAUUAGGAAAUGAGGUGGGGUUCAACGAGGAAGCCAAGAAAACAAUGGCCAAUGAACUACAGAAAAUGCUGAAAAGUAACAACACGAUUGAGCGCAUUACCACAUUAUCACCGAGACAUACGGCCGUCAAAGUCAUUUCGGCCAUUCCAGAAUUGCAACAGAAACAUGCAGCAUCAAUUAGCCACCUGGUGAUAUCAUCUAGUCAAUUACAAUCCAAGGAAGACGCAGAGCGAUGGAAAAAUGUAUUUCAAUUACCGAACGAUUCUGGCCAUUCUCUUCUAGUCGUUUGCGAUGAUGGCGAGCAGCCGUUUCAAGACGAUCAUGUUGCACAAAUGGAUGAAGGAGAGAAGACAAAAAGACAUAAGGUGAUUGUCAUCAGCCGCAAGCAACCUGCGAUUGCCGCUCAUAUCAACGAUGAAAUCAAAUUCUCGCAGCUGGAUGAAUCCUUCAAGCAAAAAACCCUGUCGAAAAUAGUUUCAUUCCAAGGGGAGAAUGAAAAAGUUGGGCGUUUAGUUGGCCCUAAACCGGAAGAUGUGUUGGAUUCCUUAGAAGAGCUUCUACGUCCUGAAGUUGGGCAAAUCAUCAUUCCAUCGUUCGAUUCAACCGGUUUCGUGAAAUCUCUUUACAUCAAAAGACGAGUGAAAUUUGCAUUUCACGACCGUUUUAUCGCUGAUCUAGCCAAGCGUUUGGAGUGCUCUGAAGAGAAGCUAAACGGGGAAUGCAGAAUCAGUGCGCAGGGCCAAAUCGAAUGGUUCGUCGAUGACGACCGUCGCAAAAAAAUUUGGGAAAACAUAACACAGAUGAACGACCAAACGCCAGGCAAAAUCGAAGAAGACAGCCAUUUGAUUCAGUUUGACAAGGAGCGGAAUCAACAUCCGGUUGACAUCAUCUGUGGCGUGGCUGGAACAGGCAAAUCGACUCUCCUCUCCCACUACUACACUGAAAUAAAGAAGAUGAAACCUGACUGUUGGGUUAUCAGAUUGAAUUUAGUUGAACAUUGUGACGCCAUAUUGAAACUCGAUAGAAGCAAACCUGAUUUGAUUGGAUUCCUCAUCAAUCAUCUGCAUGUCGUCGACAGUAAAUGCCCGUUUUCUUGCUCGUUGCUGAAUCACCGGUUCGAGACGGGCGAACAGAUCGUCUUCAUGUUUGAUGGCUACGAUGAAAUCGAUGAAGAAUGCCAAGAUAUUGCCGUUCAGCUAAUAAAGAUUAUUCAAAAGAAGGGCAUUCAACUGUACGUCACUACCCGCUCCCACAAGGCCCUCCAGCUACAAUACGAAUUAGGUCAGUUGGCUUAUAAUUUGGAAAAUUUCAACAAAGAGUAUCAGAUCGAUUACCUGACCAGUUAUUGGACGCAACGGUUGCCAAAUGGAGUGCAAGCUGAAGCCAUCAAGAAAUUUGCAGAAUUGCUAGUGAAUCGGGUGUCGGAGACUCUGAAAGACGACGAAAGAGCUUUCAUCGGAAUCCCUUUGCAAUGCAGAAUUCUCGCCGAAUGCUACCAGCAAAAAAUUGGCGACAUUGUGCAAAACAACAAUCGACAAUCUGAUAAAUUAUUGUCCCAAAAACUGUUGGCUUUACUUGACGAUCAGAAAUUUGAUUUGGUUAGUCUGUACAGCCAAUUGAUGGUUACAAAACGCGACAUCUUUCUACAGGAAAAAAGCCAAGCCGGCUCCAAUCCGAAUGUGGAAUUUGCUAUGAGGAGUACGAUAAAGAAAAUCGACUUACGAUUAACGAAAUUGGCCGUCGAAACCAUCGUCACUGAACCAAAUAUACUGGAAAUGCUUUGGCCAGCGAAAAUUUCGCACAAAUCCAGCGAUGAUGUGGCUCAAGAAAAAAGUAUUCUUGCGAAAAACACGCUGAAAUUUGGGUUAACGUUUUCUAAUGAAGAUGGAAUGCGACCCCAGUUCUUGCAUCGGACAUUUGCCGAGUAUUUGGUCGCCAAAUAUCUUUACGAAGGAUUUCAUCCCAAUGACAACCGUCACAACAAACUGCUGGAAAAUGAAUCCAUUCGGAAAUUGAUUCUGAACAAAAUCUUGGCCUCCAAGGAAUACGACGGAGUUCAAGUGUUUUUCGAUGGCAUGGUGAAGACGAUGGUCGAUGAGGAUAAAGAAUGGCGUAAGAAAAUUAAUGAUCGUGAAUUACCGGAUCGACUCACGAAGAUGAUGACUGACGGGAGCAGUGAACUCCAACCGUCCUUUAAGAAUGCCGUCCAUUUUUCUAUUUUGAAUGGGAAAGGCAACAUAUUCCGAUUGUUUUGUGACUGUCUUGAUGCCACAUUCGAAAGAAGUGAAGUCUCUCAAUUUGUAAGGGGGACCCUUUUCGGACCGGUAAACCGUUUUUCUUCGAAUGCUUUGUUUGAAGAAAGCAAGUUCUUUAAACGAUUCAUCAAUUACUUCGACAUCAUUAAUCCAGACGACUUCGACACGUCUAGUACUAUAAAACAUCUUCUAGAACAUAUGUUCCCACAUAGUUUUUUAUGGUUAAAGAAAAACCUAGACGGACACCCGGAAACGAUGAAUGAACUUCUUGAGUUUUUGGAAAAACAGAAUGUGGCUUUCGAUAAAUGUCUCCUGAAGUCCUCUGAAGAUGACCUAAUCGAAAAUGCUUUGUUAUAUUUGAUUUGUCACGACAAAUAUCGUAGUCAUCUGAAAAGAUUUCUCGCGCUUGUUUCCAAAUCGACAGCUUAUUCGGACGAUUUCAAGUUCGCCAAAUUCUUAAUUAAAGUUUUCCAGUCUGAAAAACAACUGAUGACUGGGCGAAUUGCCGAAACCCUGACUAUUUUAGACGGACUAGAUCGGUCUAGUCUUCUCGUCCAACUUUACGGCGAAGUUUUGUCGAUAGAUCCGGAAGCAUUUCAGAAUAUUUACCAACCGUGUCGACUAGAAAAAGACGAUGCCAUCCCGACUGAUUUCGACAUCCUAAUGAAAAAAGAUUUUUAUGACAUGACUCUUCUUCAUCGAGCAGCCUUCUACGGAGACGUCAACAUAGUUGGGCAAAUAUUAGCAAGAUUUCGCCAGCGGGAACUCGACGAUGGAACUAAACAAGAACUGCGCAAGGUAGUGCUUGAGGGCUACACUCCGUUUUACUUCGCCACGGCUAAAAAUCAGAAGAAAGUCUGUUCGAAACUGUUGGCCUUUGUCAAAGACAUAUGUCCCAACGCACCGACGGGCGAGUUAACUGAGUUAAACGUUAAUAUUCACCAGUCAUUUUAUCUCGCCGUGAAAUCGAAAAAUGCAAAAAUGUUUCAACUGACAAUGAACGUCGUCAAGACAGAACUAGGACAUGAUUAUCUACUUACCCAGUUAAUAGCCAACUUUGCAUUUUCUGGGAUUUCUAUUUUCGAUCGCUGCUAUCCGAAUAAAUUAUUCAACGCCAUGGUAAAUAUCAUCGUCGAUCGAGACGGCGUUGAAGACUACAAAUGUUUGCAUGACCUAAUUUUCAACACAGAAAGAAUAGCAACGAAUGCUUUACGACGCAUGGAUGCAGAACAUCUGCAGAGACUGUUAUCAAUAGAAGGCGCUGGUCCCUUUACCGAGCGUUUGCUUAAGAAUAACCUCUACCCGAAUUUCUAUCUUUUGUCAAGUUAUCUGUUGAAGAAUUUUGACGAAAAACAACUCUUGGAUUUCGUGGAAACGAUUACUCUUCAAGGUGAUACCAAAAUAGUAAAAAGCAGCCAGUCCGUUACGGUCUCCACGGUUCGUCUCAGUGAUCCAACGUAUCGCGACGAGACCAUCCAACACCAUCCGCGUGAUUACGCCCCUAACGAUUUAGUUUUCACGCCGAAUGAUGACGGAACCACAACCGUUCACGCCGAGCGCGUUGAGCCGAGGAACAGCAUUUGGGGAGACUUCCUACGAUCGACAGCCACUUCUUUAGUUGGAGGGCAACUAGGUGUAACGCAAGUCGAAACCAUUUUAAAGUGUUUGACUUGCGUAUCGGAUAAACUCGGAGGUAAUUCCGCUAAAGAACUUUGGCUCCACCAGGACAAUUAUGGUUACGUUGUUCUUCAUCUGUCGCAAGAAAUCGUCACACUCAUGUUGAAACGUUUACCAGAAAAAAGCCAAGAGGAAAUUAAAAUGGAGUGGAAGGAAAAUGGUCCGCCAAUGACACACGACACGUUCAUCAACCACGACUCUGUGACAGAAUUUUCUAGUUCCGCAAUCGCCUUACAUUACAGUGAUAUUUUGCGAUUCUACUUGGAUUAUGGCAGCGAAAUGCAACUCAGCAGAUGCGUUGAUAUCCUCACAUCGGUUCGUUGGAUUGGCAGACAACAGCGCAGUGUAUGGAGUUACAUCGUUGAACAUUGUGAGGUUACGACGACGAACGAAAUAUUGAAAUCUGUGUCGAAAGUGUUCGGUUGGGAGGCCGUGGAAAAGUUGCUGUUGCACGAAAUGGAUGGAUCUCCUGUCUUACUGAAAGCUGCGUCGUGGGGACAUGACAUUGACGGACUGCUGGACAUCCUACCACAAGAAAUACGAAAGGACGUUCAACAAGUUAUUCAAGAAAAAGCUGCCGAUUUCAUUGAAGAAGUGCUUCUCCAUCCCCGGACCUAUUUCAACGAACUGGAAGAUCGACGUUACAAAGCACGAACCCUUUUCAACUUUUUAAUCGAUUACAGUAAGGGCAAACAACGUGAACAAUUUGUACAAAAUAUUGUAACAAUCGUAACGUUGUAGUGCUUGAUUGGUAGAGUUCUUCUGGUAAGGUUGACGACGAAAUGGAUCCUCGGGUCCAUUUCGUGGAAAGACCUUGCUAUGUUGCUGUAUUAGAACGUACUAAAAACGUAGUUUCUACCCGUUGUGUAAUCUAUAUAGAACGUUUGGGGUUAGUUGUGUUGAGGUUGGAUGCGGUGUAGGUAACGUUGUUGUUUGGUGUGCUUGGAUUACGAACAAACUACUGGUAGUGCAUUUUGACAGUAGUGGUAAGACAGUGAAUUAUCUGUGUCAACUGCACAGCAACUAUCUGUGGCACCAUUAUUGGUGAUUAAUCGCCUGUGUUUAUAUGAAAAUUACCAUGUCUCGUGAUUUUGUAUCAUAUUAUAUGGCCGCCAAUUGAUUCCCUUGUAAUACGUUUCCUUAAGUUAACCGUGUGUAUUUUCAUUUUGUAACCGGCAAGACAUAAGAACAACCUGGUGCGUACGUAUGGCGAUUCAUACGACAAUCAGCUGGCAAGAGACGGGAAGUACCAUUUUAAACAGAAGCAUGUAAAAUCAUUUUAUCCUAAAACUACAGUUUGAUGUUGGUCAAGCACGUUUGUAAAAAGCCGCAGUUGACUCCCUUUUCAAAUUUGCAUUCCGAAUCAUGUAUUGUCAUGGGAUAUCUUGGUUUUUGAAUAAACAGAAAAAAAAUUGUUCCGUCA